CGUGACUGAAGUCAAAACGGACAUCUACGUGACCAGCUUUGGGCCGGUGUCCGACGUGGAGAUGGAAUACACAAUGGAUGUUUUCUUUCGGCAGACAUGGACCGAUGAGAGGUUGAAGUUUAGUGGGCCAACUGAAAUUUUGAGAUUGAACAAUUUAAUGGUCAGUAAAAUUUGGACACCAGACACAUUUUUUAGAAAUGGAAAAAAAUCAAUUGCUCAUAAUAUGACAACUCCUAACAAACUUUUCAGAAUUAUGCAGAAUGGAACUAUUCUUUACACAAUGAGACUAACCAUUAAUGCUGAUUGUCCUAUGCGGUUGGUGAACUUCCCUAUGGAUGGACAUGCUUGUCCAUUGAAGUUUGGAAGCUAUGCUUAUCCAAAAAGUGAAAUAAUUUAUACAUGGAAAAAAGGACCCCUGCAUUCAGUAGAAGUACCACAGGAGUCUUCCAGUCUCCUCCAGUAUGACCUCAUCGGACAAACUGUGUCUAGCGAAACAAUUAAAUCUAACACAGGUGAAUAUGUAAUCAUGACAGUUUAUUUCCACUUGCAAAGGAAGAUGGGCUACUUCAUGAUACAGAUAUAUACUCCAUGCAUUAUGACAGUGGUUCUUUCUCAGGUGUCUUUCUGGAUUAACAAGGAGUCUGUUCCAGCCAGAACAGUUUUUGGAAUCACUACAGUUCUAACAAUGACCACCUUAAGCAUCAGUGCACGCCAUUCUUUGCCCAAGGUGUCCUAUGCUACCGCCAUGGAUUGGUUCAUAGCUGUGUGCUUUGCCUUUGUCUUCUCUGCACUUAUUGAGUUUGCAGCUGUCAACUACUUUACCAAUCUUCAGACUCAGAGAGCAAUGAGGAAGGCAGCCAGGGCAGCAGCACUGGCAGCAGCACUAUCAGCAGCAACUGUACCGGCAGAGGACGAGAUUGUCUCGCAUUCCGACUCCAACUGUAACUUGAAGAAGCGAGUAAACUCCGUAACAUCUCAGGCAGAUCAGUCUCCUGAAGCCAGCAUAAUAUCAAAUAGUGCAUCCCAGUAUCAACCAGCAUCUGUUCCUCCACCAGUCCCACCACCACCACCUAUUGGAGGCACAAGUAAAAUAGACCAGUAUUCCAGGAUCCUCUUUCCAGUGGCAUUUGCAGGAUUCAACCUGGUAUACUGGGUUGUUUACCUUUCAAAAGACACUAUGGAAUUUUUUGAACCUACUGCAAUGCACUUUCGAAGUGACCUAGAGUCCAACUGAAGAACAGCUCAAAGUUUCAAAGAAAUCACUGAAGGUCAUGUGG